GUCACUACCUCCCCACCGAGCCAGCUCCGCCGGGCAGGGCCGGGAGGGAGUGGGACAGAAUCUGGGAGUGCAGCGGGGAGGAGUCCUGGCUGGGCUGAGCGCGGGGAGCUGCUUGGCAGUGCCAGAGCCCAGGCCCCAGAGCCCCACAGGAGAGGAAGUGGACCGAGAAGGCAGGCCCUGUGAGGCGUGAGGCAGUGAGAUGGCAGACUCAUACACGGAGCUGGAGAAGGCGGUGGUCAUCCUGGUGGAAAACUUCUACAAAUACGUCUCCAAGCACAGCCUGGUCAAGAACAAGAUCAGCAAGAGCAGCUUCCGGAAGAUGCUUCAGAAAGAGCUCAACCAUAUGCUGACGGACACGGGGAACCGAAAGGCUGCUGACAAGCUCAUCCAGAACCUGGAUGCCAACCACGACGGACGCAUCAGCUUUGACGAGUACUGGACCUUGAUAGGCGGCAUCACUAGUCCUAUCGCCAACCUUAUCCGCCAGCAGGAGCAGCAGAACAGCAGCUAGAAGGCCCGUCCCGCCGUCCCUGCCCCCCAUGCCCUUCCUACACUCCCUCCUUAGGCUCCUCUGCCCACCCAGGCCCCCGUCCUCUCUUCUCCCUCUAGACCCUCUUCGGACCUUAGCCGAACAGGGUAAGGGGAAACGUCAGGGCCCCUCUGUGAGUGUCUCAGCCUGGGGGUGCCUCUCUGUGGGUCUCAGUCCCUGGAGCCAGCAGACCCUGGGGCCCCUCUGUGACAAUGCUGUAUGGGGACCCAUGAGUUUCCCUACCUGUUCAGUCCGUCUACCCUUCUGACUUCCGAUGUUCCUGCCUGAUUCCGGGCCUCUCCUGACCUCAGAGGUCAGCUUGCUGCUUCAGGUCUCUGGGUUCCUGGCAGCACCAGCAAGGACUUCUCUCUUGCUCUCCCCUCAGCCCCUCUUCUGGGUAGAGGAGACUUCCAGGGAUUGUCCUCCAGCUGCCUCUGCGUCUGGGAACAGGGUCGAGCCCCCUCCCUCCUCUUCAGCCACUGAAAUGGGAAAAAGGCUGGAUCUAGAGUUUUCCUCCCCCUCACCCAGUCCCUUUGUCAUGUUUAUUAAAGCCUUUCUACUCCUUGGAA